UAAUUGUGUCCUCAGCCCUCGGGCGUUUCUGUCCAACGCCCACGUCAGCAAAUACCUUUUGUUUCUCUCACGUUGGGGCUACUUGUUUUAGGGCGCAAAGGACCGGCUCGGAACAGGGGUAUUCCCCCGCGGAGGACCAGGAAUCUCGCCCCCAAGCCUGCGUGCGCGACCCGCCGGUGCGCCGCGGCCCGCGGGCAAUCCUUCACACAGAGACUGUGUUUGACUUGAAAUCUUCCCUUUUUUACGCUAUUCAGUUGACUUAGCAGGAUUUCACGAGCAGCAUUUGUAAAUUUCCAGGAAUAUUUGUUCAAUGCCUGAUACCUACGCCAGAUUGAAAACUAUGUGAAGGCAAAAAUCAAGCCUGUUCAGCUCAUCAUACAGCAGAAGGCCCGAUUUAUAAAAGAUGCUAAAUGAAGUUUGAAUGGAGAUCUCUUCUCAUCAGUCUCAACUCUUGCAGCAACUAAAUGAGCAGCGUCGGCAAGAUGUGUUUUGUGAUUGUAGUAUCCUCGUUGAAGGGAAGGUCUUCAAAGCACACCGAAAUGUAUUAUUUGCUAGCAGUGGCUACUUUAAAAUGCUUCUUUCCCAGAAUUCAAAGGAGACAAGUCAGCCGACGACAGCUACAUUUCAGGCUUUCUCCCCUGACACCUUUACCGUUAUCCUGGACUUCGUCUACUCCGGCAAACUCUCUCUUACUGGUCAGAAUGUCAUAGAAGUGAUGUCAGCUGCUAGCUUCCUUCAGAUGACUGAUGUCAUUAGUGUAUGUAAGACCUUUAUUAAAUCUUCAUUAGACAUUAGUGAGAAAGAAAAAGAUCGCUAUUUCAGUCUCUCCGAUAAAGAUGCCAGUUCUAAUGGUAUAGAACGUUCCUCUUUUUAUAGCAGUGGCUGGCAAGAAGAAAGCGGUUCUCCACAUUCUCGCCUGAGCCCAGAACAAGGAACAGGUGUGCUAAGUGGAAGAUCUUGGAAUAAGUAUAAUUACCCUCCGGUUUCCCAGAGGAAUACUCAGCAACCCUUGGCCAAGCAUGAACAAAGGAGAGAUUCCAUUAAAAAGUCCAAGCACUUGAGGUUGUCACAGCCUUCUGAAAUUGCUCAUUGUAAGUCCAGCAAGCGAGACGCGCGAACAUCUGAUUCUUCCAGCCAUGUUUCCCAGUCCGAAGAACAAGCACAAAUUGAUGCUGAAAUGGACUCUACCGUUGGCUUCCAGUACGGUCAAGGCUCUGAAGUCACAUCAAGAAGUUUUCCAGAUGACCUGCCCAGGAUGAGAUUCAAGUGCCCGUACUGCACACACGUGGUGAAGCGGAAAGCAGACCUAAAGCGCCACCUUCGCUGUCACACAGGAGAACGGCCCUACCCCUGUCAGGCCUGUGGGAAAAGGUUCAGCAGGCUAGACCAUCUAAGUAGUCACUUUCGAACAAUUCACCAGGCAUGCAAACUAAUCUGCAGAAAAUGCAAACGCCAUGUGACUGACCUGACAGGUCAAGUGGUACAGGAAGGAACCAGGCGCUACAGACUCUGUAAUGAGUGCCUUGCUGAAGUUGGCAUAGACAGCCUCCCCAUUGAUUUGGAAGCUGAACAGCAUCUUAUGUCCCCAUCAGAUGGAGAUAAGGAUUCCAGAUGGCAUUUGAGUGAAGAUGAGAAUAGAUCGUAUGUGGAGAUUGUAGAGGAUGGGUCUGCUGAUCUGGUCAUACAACAGGUUGAUGAUAGUGAAGAAGAAGAAGAAAAGGAAAUAAAGCCCAACAUUAGAAAACCAUUUCUGCUAGUGAAUUGUUUCAUAGAGAAGCCCAACAUUUAAGGAAGAAACUCUAAAAUCAGAGUUGCUCUGGUUAAAGCCCCCUAUGAGCCUGUCCCCUGGCGCCUUGGCAGAGCUCAGAAGUGCAGCACCGAAAACCUUGGAACUAGGUAACUUUUUCAUUUCUCUUUGAGCGUUAGUUUCUUUACUAUUCCUAUGACUCACUGCACUUUUAAGCUGAUAACCACAGGUUCUCUUAAAGCUGCUAAUCAAUCAUCCUUAUUCAGUGUUCCUCCUGUAGUUACAUCAUAGGACUUUAAGAACACAUUUUUCAGUGUUGUAUUGUUGAGUGAUGAAAUCAAAACAGGUACUGCUUUUUUUUGUGGCCAUUCUACUGUUUAAUGUAUUACAAAAGUUUCUUUUUUCAAUUAUUUAUGAGCUAAGAACUAAAUUCAUUAAAGUUAUUUUCCCAAGUCAUGCUAAGAUAUAUCGAAAUUCCCGUUUGUCUGUGUAUAUGUAUAUAUAUAUUUUUUUUGGGGGGGGGCCUAAAGUUAAUGCAGUGGAAAAUCACUAAAAACAAUACAGCAUAAAAAGAUGUGUUUAACUGGGAAGGGUGAUAAUAGUAGAUCCUAGAGGACCAAAAUUUACAUUACAAAUGGAAAGUUCUAUGUUAUUUUAUAUGAGUGAAUCAGUAUUACUAUUUAUCAUUUAUAUUGCCUUUUAUAUUCACAAAGUAUCUAAUAACUUUUGUUAUUCUUUACAUAUCUAGGAAAUAGGACAGUUAUUCCACAUAAGUAAAGAAAUUGAGGCACAGAACAGUAAAGCAGCCUACCUAAGACAACCCAAUGAAACACAGGCAAAAAUAGGAAUUCGAAUGAUCCAAACUUCUGAGUCCUGGAAUAUCAGUGUAAUUCAUUGAAGUGUGUUGUGUAUUACUCUAUUUUAUAAGAUGACUUUAUACAAAUAAGAGUCAAUUGUUUUAAAGCUGACAUCAUUGUAUGUGAUUAAAUUCUAUACAGAAUAAAUGUUAAUGUAAA